GAAUUGAGAAUCGAAGCAUUUAGUCGUUUUGAAAACAUGAAGGGACUGAUAUUCUUGACCAUCCUUAGCUUUAUAUGCCUAACUACAGUUAUGGCAGAAUUCCCAUCCACAAUGCGACGCUUGGAUGGGUUCAAAGUAUACCAAGUUCAAGUUGCUGAUGGCGAACAAUUGACUGAGUUCAGGAAAAUGAGUGAAGACUUAUCAGUUGAAAUCUUAAAAGAAACCUCCCUCACUGGUACUUAUGAUGUUGCCGUUGCUCCUUCGAACCAGGAGGACUUUGAGGAGCGUUGUAGAUACUAUGGUCUCUUAAUAAAAACAAUAAUUAAAGACUUACAAAAUUUAAUUGAGCAAGGCUUUUCAAGUCUGAAAAGCACUUCUAUGGAUUGGGAAGACUAUCACGACCUAAAAACAAUUUAUCAAUGGAUUGAUCAUAUUGCUUUCACUUACCGACAUUUUGUGAAAACCUUCAUAAUUGGGUUUUCAUACGAUGGUCGUCCAAUAAAAGCGCUUAAAGUACAACAUCGUAAGGGAACGAAGAAUAUUGUAAUAGAUGCCAACAUUCAUGCUAUUGAGUGGAUUUCAUCAGCUACAUUGACAUGCUUCAUUAAUAACUUGCUAUCUUCAACCGAUCCACGACUUGUUGCAUUGCGUGAAAACUAUACAUGGUACUUUGUUCCAAUUGUUAAUCCCGAUGGUUUUGUUUUUUCACAUGAGAAGGAACGCUUAUGGCGCAAAAAUCGCAAGCCUACCGGUUUCAGUAACUCAUCCGGUAUAUGCUACGGAACUGAUUUGAAUCGAAACUUCGAUUAUCAGUGGAUGGUUAAUGGAUACAAUAUGGACGUUCCAUGUGAUCACUGGUAUGCUGGAUCCGCUCCUGAUAGUGAGCCAGAAGUAAAAACCAUGGUAAGAUUUUUGCAAUCAAUCCCCGAUAUAAAGGUAUAUUUGGCAAUGCAUUCAUAUGGUAAUUUAUGCCUUUUGCCAUAUGGCCAUACUAAUGAGCUCCCACCAAACUACGAUGUUAUGGAAUAUAUAUGCAAAGGAUUUGCUAAGGGUGUGGCAUCUGUGUUUAAUACCCAAUAUCUUGUAGGACCAAGUGGCAAACUUAACUAUCCUGUAUCUGGUGCUGCUAAGGAUUAUGCAUUUGCUGUGCUAGAUGUGCCAUUUUCAGCCACAAUUGAACUACGUGAUCGUGGUACAUAUGGUUUCUUCUUGCCUGCAGACCAAAUAGCUGAUGUGUGUGAGGAGGUGACUGAAGGUUUAAUAUCUCUGUUUGUGGCAGCCAACGAAAAAGGACUUUUUGAUUAAAAAUCAAAAUUACAAACAUUUGAAGCUAAUUUCAAAUUCAUUGGAAUUGAUUUAAAUAAU